AUGUUGGUAUUAGUAGAUGGUCGUGAAGUGGUGCAACAAUUUCGCACUGAGCCACUCGACCUAGACGCUUUCAAGAUCGCAAAGAAGGCCUUGGGCUCGGUCGUACCUGAUGCCAUGGCUUUGGAAGAUGAAGACCUUCUCGGUGAAGGAGUUUGGGCGUACUCCCUUACUCGUCUUUAUGGAAAGAUGUGGCUUCACGGAGCCGCUGGUAAAGGUGCAAAAGGUCGAAUUGCUAUAAACAAAUCUCUCGGUCGCGUUUUGUCCAAAGGUUGCCUUGACAGCAGCAGCGACGAGGCCGUGAAUAGCCGUGUCAGAUCUCACCUUGAGGCCCUCUUAACGUCGCCGCUAGAGGAUAUCGAUCCGUACCGACAUCAGCUUCAAGGAUUUCACGAUAAGCUUGAACAGCUGAAACAGCUCCCUCUUUGGGUCGCUCACUAUAACCUUAGUGAAGCAAACGUUGUAAUCGAUGAGGAAUGCAAUAUCACUGGUUUGAUCGACUGGGAGCUUUCUACACCUCUACCAUUUGGAGUCAACUUCGGUCGUAUCCACACCUAUGCUGGUGAACAUACGGGUGAUAUUCUAACGUUUAAGGUGGAGCCAGGCAUUCCCUCAAUCGCUGGGGUUUACGGCUGCCUCUGGGAACUCUACCUAUAA